AUGCCGCGUCGCAACAGAUUCGCGGGCCCCACAGCGCGUGCCUUCCGCGAGAGGCGGCCAGGUCGCACGCCUCUGGCGUUCGGGUUCCUGCAGCUGCAGCUGCUGUGCGUCUGCGCCUGCGCGCUCUGCCCUUCCCCCUCGCCAGUCACAACGGCACUCGCGCAGGUUGACAACGUUCAGAUCCCGCCUUCCCCGGUCGCGCCUUCAACAGUGCAGCCUGCCGCGAGGCGCGCGGGAGUAUCGUUCUCGCUGCUGAAGAAAGUGUCGGCGGGCGCGCGAUGCCUCGACGGCAGCCCGCCGGGGUACUACUACCGGCGGGGCCACGGCACGGGGCAGCGCAACUGGCUCAUCUUCCUGCCGGGCGGCGCGUGGUGCUACUCGGUGCGCUCGUGUCGCAGGCGCGCGAACACGCUGCUGGGGAGCUCCUCCCUCUGGCCGCACCCCUCCGCCCCCGACUUCAACACCCAGUUGAAGCGGCUGACGGGGUACGGCAUGGACGGCAUGCUGCACGGCAGCGCCGCCGUCAACCCGCGCUUCUUCAACUGGCACGUCGUGCUCAUCGCCUACUGCGACGGCGCCGCCUUCUCCGGCACGCGCGGCCGCUUCAACGCCUCGCGCUCCGCGUCGCUCGUGGCGGGCGGCAGAAGCAUUCUCAAGUCCGUCAUCCGCCGUGAGUGCGCCCCUCGCCCCGUACUGCCACGCCCGGCAUCGGCACACGGCCUUGGUGGACUGCGCUCGUCCGCCGCUCAUGCCGCAUGA